CUGCUCUUGUAGUUACUGUCUACAGCUUCUCAGAAACCCAAAGCCAUGAACACUUUGUUGACCCUCACUUUUCUCGCCCUAUGCUCUGUGGCAUUUGGUGGCUUGCUGGGUGGUGGUGGUUUUCCAGGUCCUUUUUAUGGAGGUUAUUAUGGAGGAGGAGCUGUAACCGGUAGCUCUGCCGUCACCCAUAGCUUCGACAACCAGCGUGCUUUGACUGGAUACGGGUAUGGCUUCCCUGGAUUCGGCUAUGGAUAUGGUGGUUAUGGUGGCUACCUUGGCUAUGGUGGCUACGGUGGUUAUGGUGGCUAUCCUUAUGGAGGUUAUGGCUAUGGUCUUGGCUACAAAUUCCACUAAACUCCUAUUGGAAAAUACAAAGCAUAACCAACGAAAAAGUCAAGAAAUACCGAAAAAUCAUUAGAUGUACUGUACAAAGUGUUUUGGAAAUGUGUAAAUGACUACAACAAUAAAAUUAUAUUUUGC